AUGAUCGGGGCGUUACUUCAUCUUCACCCUGCUGGGGAGGGAGCACAGGGGACAUCACGGCGAGCGGGGGACGGGCUCGCAGCCCUGAUCCCCUGCACCCCAUACCUGUGCCCGGAGCCCCUCUGCCGCCGCCGCCCCCUAUCCCUGAACCCCUGCAUCCUUGCCCUCCUGCGCCCGGCCAAGUACGUGGCCAUCGACUGCGAGAUGGUGGGCACCGGCCCCGGCGGCAGGCGCAGCGAGCUGGCGCGCUGCUCCGUGGUCAACUACGAGGGCGACGUCGUCUACGACAAGUACGUGCGGCCCGAGCUGCCCGUCGCAGACUACCGGACGCGCUGGAGCGGGAUCACCAGGCGGCACAUGAAGAGCGCCAUUCCCUUCAGGGCUGCCCAGGCAGAGAUCCUGAAGAUCUUGAAAGACAAGAUUGUGGUAGGACACGCCAUCCACAAUGACUUCCAAGCUCUCAAGUACUUCCAUCCGAAAGACAGGACCCGAGACACCAGCCGCAUCCCUUUGCUGAACCAGAAGGCAGGAAUACCUGUCAAAGCCAAUGCGUCUCUGAAGAGCUUGGCCAAGCAUCUGCUCCACAAAAAGAUCCAGGUCGGCUGCAAAGGGCACUCGUCAGUGGAGGAUGCACAGACGACCAUGGAGCUCUAUAGGCUGGUGGAGGUGGAGUGGGAAGAGGAGCUGGCCACCAGCCUGCCCCCCAGGUCCCCCAGCCCUGUCGCAGACAGUGCCCAGUACAUGGACGACCGGUACUGGCCCGCAGACCUGAACGCCGACGGCCUGUGA